CGUCAGUUACGAAACGUUGCCAUUUCCGCCUGGCAGACGAAAGGUCUACGUUUUACCAUACCGAUUUACUCCAUCAAAAUGUCUCUGGGCGUGUUAUCUCCUCAUUUGAACACUCCACCAAAUAACCAAGGCAUACUUAUCGGCGAUAAAGUGUAUUCGGAGGUGUUUCUGGCCAUCGAUAGCUCGAUAAUACCCGAUGAAAGAUUCUCCACGACUCCGUCCAUGCUCGAUGGCCUCGACCAUGAGACUGAAACAGAUCUGCGGAUUCUGGGCUGCGAACUCAUCCAGUCUGCCGGGAUUCUUCUGCGUCUGCCACAGGUGGCGAUGGCGACAGGACAAGUCCUUUUUCAACGAUUCUUUUACUCGAAGUCCUACAUCAAACACAGCUUUGAGAUUGUUGCCAUGGCCUGUGUGAAUUUGGCGUCAAAGAUUGAGGAAUCGCCGAGACGAGUGAGGGAUGUGAUCAACGUUUUCCAUCACUUGAAACAAGGAAAGGGCAAAAGAAGCAGCCCUCUUGUCCUUGAUCAAAAUUACAUUAACACCAAGAACCAAGUGAUUAAAUCAGAACGCCGUAUCCUUAAAGAGUUGGGCUUCUGUGUUCACGUCAAACAUCCACACAAGAUCAUUGUCAUGUACCUACAAGUGCUUGAAUGUGAGAAGAAUCAGAUGCUGGUUCAAACAGCAUGGAACUAUAUGAAUGAUGCCCUCAGAACCAAUGCGUUUGUGCGGUUUGAACCUGAGACCAUUGCGUGUGCCUGUAUUUACCUCGCUGCUCGAGUGUUACAGAUUCCCCUUCCUUCCAAACCACACUGGUAUCUUCUUUUCGGUGCUACUAAGGAGAACAUCAAAGAAAUAUGUAUUAGCACGAUGAAGCUUUAUUCUAGGGAAAAGCCUAUCAGUGAACAGCUUGAAAAACAGGUGGAAAAGAGGAAGGUGGCCCUGGAGGAGGCAAGACUAAAAGCCAAAGGACAGAAUCCCAAUGUCACACCAGCUCUCGCUGCCAUUGGUGGAUUUUCCCCAGCAUCAAAACCCUCUUCUCCGAGAGAAGUGAAGGUGGAAGAAAAAUCGCCAAACUCUAAACUAGUACAGGGGUCUGAGAACAGACAAUUGUUUGCCAAAAGCCCAUUGAAUGGCAGCAUGAAAAAGGAGAGAAAAGUGUAUCAGAAUGGCAAGAACCAUAGCCGGUCUCGCUCAAGAUCACGGUCUCAGUCUCGUUCUCCACACCGACAUCGGAGGAGCCACUCAGGAACGUACAGCUCUCACAGCAGCCACAGCCCAUCUCCACGGCAACACAAAGGUCGCAGAGUUUCGCCAGUUACGCAACUCAGGACGGAGCGAGAAAGAAAGAGCGAGUCUAGACGGCAUGGCAACAAAAGGAGGAGAUCACGGAGCAGAACUCGCAGCACUUCUCGCGAAAGAGGCCGUGACCGCGACUAUGUGAAACACAAGCAUGAUCGCGCCACCAGUCACCACUGGGACCAUCGCGAACGUGAACGGGACCGCUCGCAUGAUCACGGAAGAAGCAAACACCAGAGCAGGUCACAUUCUGGACACAGCAGACACAGUAAAUGAGACACCCGGCACUGCUGAAUGAAACAGAGAACUGUGAUGGCACUGGACAACAGGACUAUUAGAUUGGAAAAAUGCUUGCUUCAACACACUUUUCCAAGAGUUAAGCUUAAGAAGUGGAUGUUUUCUCGAUGUUUUUGUUCUUGCAUCUCUGACAGACUCGUAGAGUUGAUUUAAGCAAGGUAGUGGUGCCUUUUUAUGUAUUGUGUUUUACCGUAAACUUGAAAGUGAACAACAGACUGCUAAAAAUCUGCCUAAAUCAGGGAUCACAUUUGCACAGGAAGGAGCAGUCCUGAGUCCUGUGUAUGUUAAAUAUUUUUCAAAUGCACAACUGUGUUUGUGCACUGUACAUAUAAAGCUUAUUUUUAUGAUGUCAUGAAGACUUUGUAUUCAUCUCUUCACAAAAUAAAAAUGUUAUAAAAAU